CGUUCACGUAACGCUCAAUUGAUCGGUUUUGAAAGAUCUGUCCCAGUCUCUAUUGUGAAAAUACUUAUAAUUCUAGCUGUAGUGCCGACCUCUGCGAUGCGCCGCUUCCUCAACAGUGUGUGCUCUUCCAGAUUUAUUCGACGGCCAGCGACUCCACCGGUGUAUCCAUAUAUUUGCCGCCCUGUGUCAUCACGGCUUUAUACUGCAACACCUCAGCCUCAAGAAGAUGAUCGUCCCCAUUUCAUUUUUUUUGAGGAACCCCUUGGGAUUUCGGCCGAGGAAGGUUGUGGUUGGUUUCAAGGUGGCCCAGGCAGCCUCCUUGGACCUGACUCGUGCUUCAAGGUUGAAGCAAAACUAGGUUGGGGCACUACAUCCAGCUUGUGGCUUGCUCGUGAUUUUCGAAAAGAUCGCUAUGUCGCUCUCAAGAUAUUGAGCGGAUUCGCCAGCCAGCUAAAUAAGGAGGACAAACUGCAGGAACUCAAAGUCCUUCAGCAUCUGUCGUCUGACACAUCCUCGCCACUCCCAGUUGAUCCGUCGGGCACUUUUUCUCGACUACUCACCCAUUUUUACCAUCAGGGCAUCGAAGAUGACGGCGAACAUUUGUGUCUCGUUAUGGAUCUACUAGGCCCCAGCAUGCAUGGCAUACGAGACGGUUUGCCUAAUUUUGGAUACUUACCGUUACCCAUCGUGAAGCGCAUGUUGAGAGAUGUCCUAACAGGCAUCGCAUAUGCCCAUUCUCGUGGCGUCGCGCAUACCGAUAUCAAACCGGACAAUAUUAUGAUUGCCCUGAGCGACAAGUGGACCACGGAGGCUAUCGCAGAGUGGUUGAAAGCUAACCCUCCGCGCACUCAUCCGCCAGAACAAAGUGUGACUAAAAUGAUUUCAGCUUUCGUCUCUCAGUCGCUCCCUCCUCCGACGUUUAGCGAGCUAGCCGUCGGCAAAUAUACGCUAGCUGAUUGGGGCAGUGCGCAACUUGUCAAUAGUCAGACCACAGACCACAUUACGCCUCUCGGUUUACGCCCUCCAGAAAUCGUCCUUGGAGGCGAGUGGGAUGAAUCCGUGGAUAUCUGGACUUUCGGUUGUAUCGUCUUCAACGCCCUCACUAGAUGCCCGUUGUUCAAGCCUAUAGACUACGAAGAGAAAGGCGUCAGCGAGGAAGCCAUGCUAUUAUAUCAAAUGAUCAUGUUUUGCGGGGAAUUCUUCCACAAAGAUCUCCUCACGAGGUGCUCUCGAAGUCACGAUUACUUCAACAUCAACUGCUCGCUGAAAGGGUUCGACCGAUUCUUGCGCAAACCUUUCCAGGACUGCAUCCGUGGCUGUGGAUAUCCCUUUUCUGACGAGGAGAUCGAGCAAGCUGCGGCCUUCAUGCAUCGGUGCUUGCGUCUUGAUCCCAAGAAUCGAGCUACCGCGCGUGAUCUCCUGGAAGACCCAUGGCUGUUAUCUUGAGUUAUCGAUCAUCACUAACCAUCAUUUUCCUAUCCAUAAAUUUGCCUACACUCGGUCCACGAGCAUAGACAAGGACCCCUGGGCAUAGCCAUAUCGUGAGCCCAAUCCAAGGCUGCGUUAUCACAAGUAGUUUGAAUCAAUACCACUCAGUUCUCUUGUUCGUCAA